AUGAUCGACAGAGAAACUAUUUUCAAUAAUUUAAACCUAAAGCCACUACCCACAAAUAUUAUGUUCAGUAAUAAUACAGGAUAUAGUGAAUUGAUCUGUUCCACCUACGGCUCUUCACAAAUAGAUAUCUCGUGGAUUUUGAAAGACGGCAGUAUCGCUGGAAAUAUCAUCGGAUUAAGAGAAAUUCUACCAAAUGGGACAUUGUAUUUUUUUCCCUUCGCUGCUCAUCUAUAUCGGACGGAUGUGCAUGACACAACUUAUCGAUGCAGGGCUACAAUUGAUCACUAUACUAUACUAAGUGCUGAUAUAAAAGUUCGAGCAAUUGUACGUCAAACAUACGACAUUAAAGUUACAACCAAUGAUGUUGGCCUUGGAAGUACAGCAUUCCUUCAAUGCAAUAUUUCACCACAUGUACGUGAGUUUGUUUAUGUGACGGCGUGGUAUCGUGAUAAAGAAAUGCUUCCUGCAGACCGCUCGGAUUUCGGAAUGCGAUACUUAGUUACAUCUCCCAGUGGUGACUUAUGUCUACGAAUUGUUAACAUAGGUGACAGGCAGAAACAGUUUUCUUGUGCGACAACCGACGUGCUGACUGGUGAAACAAAAAUCAGCGACCCUGUAUAUCUAACUAUCACAGACUUUAUCUCGGAUUCGUCACCAAGAACGACACAAAAACCAAUUCUAGAAAUCUCAACGGACCAAGGAUCUAAAAUACAGCUUCCGUGCAAUGUUCAGGGAAACCCUCAACCUGUGUUUACCUGGUUUCGUGUUUCCAAUUCUGGAUCACUAUAUACGGUUCCGUCAUCCCAGCGAAUCAUACCAUCACAGUCGCUACUGUUUAUACGAAAAACCGUUGAUGGAGAUGCAGGAAGAUGGAUAUGCAAAGCAGCUAACCAAUUUGGUGAACAGAGACUGCAGAUUCAUUUGACAAUCAAUUCAGAAUUAUUAGUGCAUAUUCAUCCGCAAAUGCAAGUGAUUAAUACAGGCGAUUCAGCGAAAUUUAAUUGCACUGUCAUGGGAUCGGAAUCUAGUCAAAUCGAGUGGUUUCAUAAUGGACGCCUAUUAACUGAUGAUAACCGGAUGGGAAAGAAAUUCCAUAGGUUUCCUAUGACAUCUACUGAGAUGCUUCAAAUAGACAAUAUUAAUAAAGAAGAUUGUGGUGUCUAUCAAUGCAUUGUUUCAAAUAUUAGAACCAGCAGACAAACUAGUGCAGAAUUGAAACUUGGAGAAACUCCCCCGGAAAUAAUGUACAAUUUUGGUGAACAAAAUAUUCAUCCAGGAACGUUUGUUUCACUGAAAUGUACAGCUUCAGGAUCUCCUAAUCCUAAGUUUAUUUGGUUACUGGAUUACCAACCUAUAGUUCCCUCCACCCAUCGUUACACUGUUGAUCAGUUUAUCGACGAUAGCGGAAGAGCAUCAACGCAUUUAAACAUAACUCAUGUCAAUGCAGACGAUGGUGGACUUUAUGCAUGCGUUGCUUCCAAUACAAUGGGAACUGCUUUAGAAAAAGCUCGUUUGAACGUAUAUGGCCCUCCAUAUGUCAGAGCUAUUAGUGCAAUCAAAGCCGUUGCAGGUGAAUCAAAAGAAAUAUAUUGCCCUUUCUCGGGCUAUCCAAUUUCACAAAUUCAGUGGUUGCAUAACGGUUACAACUUAAGCGCAAACUUGAGGUACGCAAUAUCUGGUAUUAGCCAUGGGGAAACACUUCGAAUUCAUCGUGUCAAUGGGAUUCAAGAUAAAGGAGUGUAUACUUGCAUAGUAACUAGUCCAAAUGGAGAUGAGGCUCGGAGAGAUAUUCAACUUAUUAUAAAUAGUCCACCAGUGAUUGAAUCUUUCUCGUUUCCGAAAAAUAUUAAAGUUGGCGGUCGAGCUCAGCUAACUUGUUCGGUGUCCUCGGGUGAUAUGCCGGUUUAUUUUAGUUGGAAGAAAGAUGGUGCCACUAUUCCCCUUAAACUUCAAGUAUCAGAGAGAAAGGAGGAAUUUUUUAGCUUACUCAUACUGAAAAAUAUUACAGCAAAGCAUAGAGGAAGAUAUACAUGCUUUGCAUUAAAUGCGGCCGCAGAGGUCAAUCAUACCGCGGAACUGCUCGUGCAAGUACCUCCGACAUGGAAACAAGAACCUUCCGAUUUAUCUGUAAUUAUGGGUAGUACUAUAUCUGUGACAUGCGAAGCAGAAGGAUUUCCACAACCAAAAGUUACAUGGUACAGGGGCCAACAUAAAAUGUCUAAAAAUUUCCAUUCCAUACCUUUGAAAAAUGAAACUCUCAAUGUUAAUUACGCCACUUCGUCAGAUGCAGGUUAUUAUAUGUGUGAAGCUUACAAUGGAGUUGGUGAUACAUUGUCAAAAAUUAUUAAAAUUGAUGUCAAUGUAGCCGCUCAUUUUGAUAGUUCAAUAAAGAACAUAUCCGCACGUCGAAACGACGCGGUAAUUUUGGAAUGUGUGGCUUUGGGUGAUGAUCCAAUUAAAAUUACUUGGACCCAUAAAAAAUCAAGAAUAGAUUUCAAUAAUUACCGAUAUAAUUUAGUGGAAAUAAAGGUUGAUAACGGUAUACGAUCUCAGCUAUCAAUAAAUCACGCAGAGAGAUUCGAUUCAGGAAAAUAUGUAUGUUCAGCGGAGAAUUUGUACGGUACAAGCGAACAAAUAACAUACCUAGCAGUACAAGAAAAACCUGAUGCGCCAUCCGAUUUAGAGGUUCUUGAAGUAAAUAGCCGUAAAAUAAAAUUAUCGUGGAAAAGACCUUAUGAUGGAAUGUCUCCUGUGCUCAGUUAUCUCUUGCAGUAUCAGCCGCUGAGAAUUUUUACCGAUUAUAUCGGAGAGAAUGUAGAUCUGACAUGGGAAAAUUCAUUGGUAGUCAACCUAACACUAUCCAAGUUGAAGGAGGAAAAUAGUACGCUUGACAGCGCAACUCGUGAUGAAGCAUUUGUAGAAGGUCUACAUCCUGCAACGCAAUACCUCGUGCGAAUGUUAGCUAUCAACGAGAUUGCAUGUUCGUCAUUCACGGAUCAGCUCGUAGUAAAGACACAAGAAGAAGCUCCAACAGAAGCACCAACUAAUUUAAAGGUUAAGCCGGGUGGUCCUGGAGAAUUGAUAGUAACAUGGCAAAUUCCGAAUAAAGAUACUUGGAAUGGUGAACUACUUGGAUAUACUCUAAAUUGCAUAGAAGAGAAGCAAAACAUAAAUUUCAUAAGUAAUAAUAACUCACAAAACUUAACUUUCACUGCCAAUGGUUGGGCGACAACAAAAAUGUUGAUAUCUAAUUUAAAAAAAUUUACUAGAUAUUCAGUUAAAAUUCGUUCAUUCAAUGCUAUUGCUGCUGGUCCAUGGAGCCCUAUAACGCACAGUACAACGUUAGAAGGUGUGCCGGAUACUCCACCGCAAAACGUGACAUGUAACAGCCUCUCUUCUCAAAGUAUAAAAGUUCAGUGGCAGGAGCCACCACCUCAAUAUCAUAACGGUAUAUUACAAGGCUACAAAGUUUUGUAUAGAUCGCUUUCUACAGCUAAUGAUCUUUUUACCCCUUGUGAAGUCAAGAGAACAUCUAAUUUAGAAACGUAUUUGCACGCAUUACUGAAAGCAACGAACUAUUCUAUUCAGGUAUUGAGUUUUACAUUGUCCGGAGAUGGUAUAUCGAGUACGCCAAUAUUUUGUGCAACUGAAGAAGAUGUUCCUGAAGCGCCAACUGGAGUCAAAGCAUUAAUAUUAACAGCAGAUUCUAUUCUUGUAUCAUGGUUGAAACCUAAACAUGCUAAUGGGAUUAUAAGUCAUUACACCAUAUUUAGUAAAAACCAUGGAAAAAUUGGACAUGCUAAAAGUUAUUUAGUACGGCUCGAUGAGCAACAUCCCUUACUUUUUGAAGUUAGAGGCCUAAGUGAAAAUCGCAAAUAUGACUUUUGGGUAACGGCUUCUACGUCCAAGGGCGAAGGAGAUGCUACAAUUGUUGUUACGCAAGAAACCAAUACUCGUGCUCCGGCGAGAAUAGCGUCAUUCUCACAAACUUUGAAAGCACCGGUGGGAACCAGUAUAUCGCUAGAAUGUAUAGCAGUAGGAAAUCCAACACCAAGAACACGAUGGAUUACCAAUGACCAGCCUGUUACUUUCAGUCCAUAUUAUAGUAUUUCACAAAGAUAUCUAAAAAUAUAUAAAAUUGAACCGAACCUCUCGGGUAAUUACACAUGCACAGCUAAAAACCUCUUCGGAGAAGAUAGCAUUUCGUAUAUACUAAUAGUGUUACAAACACCAAACAUAACUCUUAUUUCGAUACAGUACGCAUCGUACGAUAGUGUUAGAAUCAUUUGGGAAACUUCGUUUGAUGGAGGAGCACCGAUACAGGGAUUUAAUCUGUUUUACCGGCCUGCCUCUGGUAUUUGGUCAAGUGUAUCAAUACCUUCUGAGCAAUUUGCUUAUACGUUAAAUGGAUUAAAGUGCGGAUCGCAAUACAUAUUGAAAAUGAACGCCCACAAUAAAGCAGGAGUCGGUGUUUCAACCGAUGAUCUAACCAUUUGGACCAAAGGAAAAGCACCACAUAUUCCCGAAGAUCGGGAAUUAAUUGUGACUAAUGCUACAUGCUUGAGUCUAAACCUGCAUACAUGGCAUGAUGGAGGUUGUCCCAUAACGCACUUUUCAAUAGAAUAUCGUCGUUUACAUACACCAUUUUGGACGACAGUUUCAUCAGACAUAUCAGGAAUAGGACAGAAUAGUGAUAGUAUUUCUUUCUGUGAUUUUCAACCGGCUGUUUGGUACGAACUAAAGAUUGCCUCUAGCAAUGACGCUGGAGAAACGGUUGCUCAGUUCAAUUUCGCAACGACCACAUUAAUGGGUGAUAAAAUUCCACCUCCGGAAUAUACGCAGAUUGAAAUAAACAACGGAGACCAUUCAGAAGAAGUACCUAAGGACAUUCAAUGGAUGAUAUCUAUUGUAAUAAUAGCAACUCUAAUAACCGUUGUUCUCUUCUUUGUUCUUCUCGUAAAAUACAGGAAAAUGUGUUUAACAAACAAUAGUGGAAAUAAUAUCGAAGAAAUUUCGAACAAUUGCAUCCAAAAGGAAGAAGCUACCUACAUGCGGACUGAUCAGAUUUAUAGUGCUUCACCAGUGAAAAUGCUUGACAAAGAAGAUAAUUCUGAAAUGUAUGAAAUUUCGCCAUAUGCAACAUUCAAUGAUACAAAUGAACAAGAAUCUGAUAAAGCCGUUUUUCGUAAUAGAACUCAUCCGGCGGUUGAUUACUCUUUACAGUUUCGCACUUUUGGACAUCCAGAAAAUGAAUUACAUACUACAGCAUAUCCACUUUUAGAAUGCGCAGGAUUCGGGAAUGCUAAAAACAGAGCCGGCAGGCAUAAGCAGAUGUUUAACACAGGAGGACAAAAUUAUAAUAGAUCAUAA